UUUUCGAUCUUUGACUUGAUGAUUUUUUACAGAGUCGGUUUGAGGUCUUGUCUACAGAUCUAACGGCUUAUAUUAUUUCCAAUAAUCAUCUUCACUUGACGCGGCAUGAUCUCAGCCGUAAUCUUAUCAAGCUCUUCGCAGUUAACAGUUUCAUCUAAACUCGGUAAAUUCGCCAGAUUUCGAUUUGAAACCCUAAAAAGUUUCAAAGACUUCACCGAUCCACUUCUCGAAGAAACUCGAAUCCGUCUUGUGAAUUCUUUUUUCAUCGAGAAAUUGCUUUCUAGUUUGUGAUGGGUGGUCUGUCUAUGGAGGAAUUGCCUUUAUCAGCGUUGUUCGAGCAAGCAAGGAAAAUUCAUCUCGCGGCUUCAGAGUCUGGUACCGAUCAGGAUGUUGUGAAGAAAGGAUGUGAGAUGUUUCAGAAAUGCGAAGACAUGAUCGGAAAAUUGGGCUUGUUCUCUUCUAACGAGACUAAAGAAGAUAUCAGCACGAACAAUCUCAAGUACCUUUUGGUGCCUUAUUAUCUUGCGGAGUUGACGGAGAAAAUCAUACAGGAGGACCGUAUUCAGAUUGUCAAGGCCUCAUAUGCAAAGUUGAAGCUGAGUUUUCUGCUGAGUGAGUUCUUUUCGUUCUGUGAGGCAAUGGAACUUGUUCCAGAUGAGGAGUUGGAGGCUUCUUCACGAAGUUCUGGUGCACCUGCAGAUCGAAGGGCUUUGAAGAUAGCUCGCUUCAAACGUCAAAAGGCUGCAGAGGCAAAGCUUCUUGAAAUUAAAGAAAGGAAGGAGCGACGUGGACGUUCCACUAAAGCAGCAGCCUUGUCGACUCCAGUUGAAUCUGGAGAAGAUGAUAUUCCAGAUGAUGACAGCGAAGAAGAGAGAGAGGCCUGGCUCUCCUCAAUUAACUUGGCUAUUUGUAAGGCUGUUGAUUUGUUGGAAAUGCUAAAGAGAGAAGAGGAAAUGCUCUCUGCAAUAAAGGAAAGACAGUUGAAGGAUGGAGAGGAUGGGUUCUCUCGGGAUGCUCUUGAUGAUCGUACAAAGAAAGCUGAAACCUGGCACAGAGACGCUGCUGCAAGGAUACAGUACUCUAAACCGGCACAACCAAUCACUUGUGCCACAUUUGCACAAGAUGUGUUAGAAGGAAGAGCUUCUGUAUCACAAGGUCACGAUCACAAGAACCAACCUCUUAUAUUCGGUCCAGCAAGCAUCGUGGGUGGACCGCUCUCUACCGAGAGAGAGAGGAUGAUAGCUCAGGUUUUCCAACCAAGUCACAGGAUGCCAACAAUGUGCAUAGAGGAUGCUGGGUUAACAGAGAUGAACAUAAUGAAUGAUUGGCAAGAGCAGACGAAAAAAGCCAUUGAAGAAGCAACGACAUCAUGGUACAAUGAUAAACCUCUAAGAAGAAAGGAAGAAGACGAGGAAGAGGAUGAUGAAGACGAAGAAGCUGUAAUGAAAGCUAGAGCUUUUGAUGAUUGGAAGGACGAUAAUCCUCGUGGUGCAGGUAACAAGAAACUCACACCUUGUGGCUGAGACCGAGACAGAGACACAUAUUUAACACUUUCACCCUUUAUUAUUUGCAAAACCUCCUCUUUCACUUUUGAUGUCUGUAAUGUAAUCAUCUUUUCUACUCUUAAGCCUUAAGACUGUUACAGAUUUACAGCAUAAGAUUAACUACUACUAGAUUCACUUUCAUUUUGGUAUAUUUCUUUGGAAUAUUA